AUGAAGCUCGCGAUCCUCUCCCGCAACCGCAACUGCUACAGCACGCGGCGGCUCUGCGAAGCCGCCGAGGGCCGUGGGCAUACCGUGCGCGUGCUCGACACGCUCAAGUUCUCGAUCGACCUCACCCAGGGCGAGCCCGAGCUGUUCUUCCGAUCCAAAGUCCUCAGCCAGUACGACGCCGUGCUGCCGCGCAUCGGCGCGUCGAUCACCUACUUCGGCACGGCCGUUGUGCGGCAGUUCGAGCAGAUGGACGUCUUCGUCGGCAACUCGUCGGCGGGCAUCGCCAACUCGCGCGACAAGCUCCGCUGUCUGCAGAUCCUCAGCAAGCACCACAUCGGCAUGCCGCCGACGACGUUCGUCCGCGAACGCAAGGACAUCCUGCCGGCGAUCGAGCGCGUCGGCGGUUCGCCGGUCGUCAUCAAGCUCAUCGAAGGGACGCAGGGCGUCGGCGUGAUCCUCGCCGAAUCGACCAAGAUCGCCGAGGCGAUCAUCGAAACCCUGCAGAGCACCAACCAGAACGUGCUGGUGCAGAAGUUCGUCGCCGAGAGCCGCGGCCGCGACGUGCGGGCGUUCGUUGUCGGCGAUCAAGUCGUGGCCGCGAUGCGCCGCGUCGCCGUCGGCAACGAGUUCCGCAGCAACGUUCACCGCGGCGGCUCGACCGAGCGUGUCGAGCUGUCGGAGGACGCGAAGCACCUCGCCGUCCGCGCCGCGCAGAUCAUGGGCCUGCGGAUCGCGGGCGUCGACAUGCUCGAAGCGAACGAAGGCCCCCAAGUGAUGGAAGUCAACUCGUCGCCGGGCCUCGAGGGGAUCGAACGCUGCACGCAGCUCGACAUCGCCGGCGCGGUGAUCGACUACCUCGCCGCCCAGGUCGAUUUCCCCGAGGUCGACAUCCGCCAGCGGCUGACGGUUAGUCGGGGCUACGGCGUCACGGAGAUCCGCAUCCCCGAGGGUUCGGACUACGUCGGCAAGACGAUCGACGAGUCGGGCCUCCCCGACCGCGACAUCAACGUCCUCACGCUCUACCGCGACACGAGCGUGAUCCCCAACCCCCGACUCAAACGCGCGUUAGAAGCCGGCGACCGCCUCCUCUGCUUCGGCAAGCUCGACGCGAUGCGCGACCUGGUGCCCGAAAAGGUCCGCAAGAAGCGCCGCCCGAAGGUGAAGGAACUCCCCGAAGACGUGAUCGAGCCUCAAGCAGCGGUGUAG